AUGGCUCUUCGCUUGUCGCCUUGUGGUAGUGGUGGUUGGGUCUGUGAGGACGUCGUAAAUGUUAGUGUGAACCAACGAUCCUUUUCUGUCGAUAAGAACGCCCGCACGUGGGUCUGGCAGCUGCCGCCGAACGCUUCGUGGCGUGUCAUGGUGAAAACCCAAGGCGGUUGUGGCCCGGUCGCGCGGGCUUUGAAAUGCAGCGUGGUGCUCGGCAAUGGGGUUCCUCAUUUUGAUUGA